GUUGACUGUUGAGGAGGCGCGAGACUCCAUUUUAGGUUUCAUUCAUCUUAGCAGUUGCAGGCGGUGAGGUUGCUUUCUUGCUACGGACAUAAACGGCAAUAAAGAUGGUUAAGAUCUUUGUUGGCAACCUAUCCUCAAGCACGACCGCGGAAGAUCUGCGCUCUCUUUUCUCUGACUAUGGCAAAGUUAAAGAGUGCGACGUGCUGAAAAAUUACGGCUUCGUGCACAUGGAAAGUAAGCAGGACGCCGAAGAGGCCAUCCGAAAACUCAACCAUCACGAGCUGAAAGGUCAAGCCAUAAAUGUGGAGAUGAGCAAAGGAAAACCCAGGGGGUCUACCAAGCUGCAUGUGAGCAACAUCAGCAGUGGCUGCACUACUGACGAGCUUCGAGCCAAGUUUGAGGAGUACGGCCCAGUGGUUGAGUGCGACAUAGUCAAGGACUAUGCCUUUGUACACAUGGAGCGAAUGGAGGAUGCCAUGGAGGCCAUCAGUGGGCUGGAUAACACAGCCUUCCAAGGCAAGCUGGUCAAAGUACAACUGUCUACGAGUCGCCUCCGUACAGCACCCGGCAUGGGAGACCAAACUGGCUGUUUCGUCUGUGGGGAGCAGGGCCAUUGGUCCAAAGAUUGCAGACGUGGUCAGAAUGGUAGCUAUGGCGGAAGCAUGGGGGGAUUCCGCGGCAAUAGAGGUCCCCCGAGGGGUGGGCCAAGUUAUGGCAUGGGUGGCCCUGGAGGUCCUCCUAGUAGAGGUUACACAGCAGGGCCACGCCCCCCUCCCCCACCUAUGACCCGCCGUCCCAGCUAUGGCGAGUAUGGCGCAGAUGCUCGAGAUCGGUACCCCAGCAGGCCACCGGCUGCCUAUCCAGAGAGGUCGGCCGCAAUUGACCGGGAUCGCUAUGGAAGCAUUGAUUAUUAUGAGAAGUAUCGGGCUCGCCCGGUUGGCUCUAGCUUUUUUGAGGAUAGGCCUCUCUCUAUUCCCCCUCCUCCUCCCCCUCCCUCUUCUUCUUCUCUCUCAAGGAUGCGGUUGGCUCCCCCCAGACAUGAUCCCUAUGAACGACGCCCUCUGGGGCCCCCACCUACCACGGCAUCGGCGUACUUCGCGCGGGACCGUAGCCCGAUCAGACGUGUGGGCGCCGGUGCGGAAGGCUACUCGUACGAGCGCUCGCGACUUUCUCCGGUCUCCAGGAGCUCAUCUUACGCUGUGCCGCGAGCCAGGGAGAACUACACCGAGCGGGUUCGAUACGCAUUCUAAGCCACACACACAUGCUAAGGUUUUUUCAAGUCACGAGACUUUCCCUCCACCUACAUGAUAUUACCACGAAGACGCUGUGCUGGAUUCAAAAGAUGCAGGAUUGAGAAGGCACAUGUAUUGAUCAGUAUGCUUAUCUCUGCACAUGAUUAUUAUUUUACCUAUAUAAAAAAAACUACUGUUUAAUUUCCCCUUUCCCAUGGAGUCAGUUUCUGUCUUCCACAUAUGCGUGCAAAAUUUGUUGAUGUUGAUUUUUGGGUUUUGCCUUUCAAUUUUGUCCAGAGGUAAGGAGCUGUGUCUAAUCUAAGCAUAAUUUUUAAACGUUGCUAUUAAUUGCAAUGAAACAUGAUGUUUUGAGUUUUAUUUUUCAGUCUAUUUCUGUCCUCUAUUCACAUUUUACUUGUGAUGCUUAGUUUUAUCUCAAGCUGUUGGGUCCGCCUUAGUUCUGUGAUUAAUUUUGGUAACCUCGAUUUAUGUUUUGUGAGGACAAUAGGGUUAAUUAUUUUGGUGAUUAAUGUCAGGAUUGUGUAUAUGGAGGGAGUGGCAAUCUGUAAUUAAUCCUACAGCUGUUAAAAAAAAAAAAAAAAAAAGGCUUGAUGGGGAAAAUUAACAUUCCGUUCUGUCUUUUAUUCCCAUCCACUAAAGCUGGGUUUUUUUUUUUUAAUGGCAUGUUUUACAUUUGCUCAAAGAUGACGCUUGUUGAAUUGGUAGUUGUGCUGUAUCUACUAGGUACGUUCAACAGAAGAGACAACUUUUGCUCCUUCCAAUGUAAGUUUGUUUUUGUGUAUAGCCUAGAUUUGGGAGUUUGGCAACCUACGUUUUGGAGUUUUGAUUGUAACCCCCUGACAGAUGUAUUAGUCAUUUAAAACAAUGUGAUUUAAAGUUGUUGGGCAGCUCAUGUGAUAUAGGUGAACAACACGUACCUGAUUUCAGAGGGAUGCGCACUGAAUGGUCUUCUAUUCUGUAUUCGCCAAUGAUUUCAUGUCAGGAAUAUUUAGGUUGUAAGAAGCACCUUCAUGUAUGAAGAUGGAAUUGCGGACUGUACACGGGAAUAAAGUGGGAAUUUGCAAGAGAAUAUGUGCUGACCAACUGUCACUCAGGGCUUUAUUCACCUUUGAGACUGCUGGCGUUUCUUUUCUAUGGGUGCCUUGGGAAGCUCUGUGAAAAUGUUUAUAAAUUUGAUUUUCUGUAGUUUGUUUAAUUCCUACAGAAGUCAGGAGUGUGUUUUAUCAAUUAUCUUUUGUAAUAAACCAAUAUUUUGGUGACAACA